AACAGCAUUAGCUUCUCACAUCUUCUGUGUUUGUCUGGACACUGCCAGGGAAAUCGACGAACUUGGGGCGAGUAGAAGUAUCCGGCGGCUGUACAGCCAACUUUCGCUCUCUUGCCAUCUCCUGUCAUACUCUCCGGCGAAAUUGGAUAUUCGCAUCGCAGUUCUUGAGCGAAGACGACGUUAACGAUCAGCAUCGACCGCAGACGACCCAUUCUUGAUUUCGCUCGAGCUUGUGCGGUGCGGAGCAGCACCCUCGAUGUCGCAGGGCCACCACCGACCACCUCUCCUCAACCAGUCUCAGGAAGGUAAUCUGUCUAUCGGAGGUGAAAAACCCCGGACGCAGACCAGCCCAGACAACCAGAAUAUCGCGCAGUGGGCGGCUGCAAGCAGUACGUCGUCCUCGUCUCAUCCGACACCCGAGUCCCAGAUGUUCGGCGCACCGCCCAUGUUCUACGAUCCCGCGCAAGCAGCGCAAGAGCACGACCAGCGUGGCAUGUCCGACUACAACGCAUGGGCACAGAACUUCGCGCAAGGCGGGCAGUACGCGAACGCGGCUGCCACUGGCUACGCGCAGGCGCCUCAGCUCAACUACGGCCACCAGCAGCAGCCGAUGCAGGACGUGUCGGUCACGAUGACCAAGGCCACGGCCAGUAUCCGUAUCAGCAGCCAUACGUGCCAGCAGAGACCCACGACCCAUUUAACCAAAUGUAUCCGCAACAAACACCCAUGAACACGACUUCCGAUCGCCCG